GACUCGUGUAAGGCGUAGAAGAUUGGAUCCGGAGUACUGUAGAUCUGCCCCUGGAUUGCUAGCACUGUCUAAAGACUGGAAUCAUUUGAUAAGAAAACAGAAAUAGGUUUUGGAUCAACAUUCAAACGUUUGACACUAAACAGAACAACUGCUGAGCAAGGGAAACAAAGAUGGAUUUCUCUGCCUUGCAGUAUAUUCUGCGGUUGUCUCCCUUGUUCUUUCUGACUUUGUGCUGUGUUGAUGCCUUUCUAGUCGCGCCGAGUAACAUAAACGAGCCACAGUUGUUGGGGAAAUUUCAUUACGCUUCGGCCGCUUUCUCCGCCCUGGACAAACGAUCAUCCGGAUCAGGCUACGACCUGAUUCUGACUAGCUUUGGCUUUUCAAGUGAUGUCAGCGUCGUCUCCGAUGUUGGGAAAUUCUUGAGUGACGUCACCAAGAUAGCCCCUGUGUCCAUCUCGAAGACUUUGAAAUGGCCGAACGAAGUCUCUGCAGUUCCAGUCCAGGCACUAAAUGGCCAUUAUGUGGCUAUACCAGACGGCUUCCUUGUCCCGACUAAAACUGAUGGCUCUAUUAAAGUGUACAACCUGAACAAUCCAGGGUCGCCACUGGUCACUCUUUCCAGUCAUACAGGAGAAUGGUUUUACCACCGCGUCCUCUGGGUGGACAUGAACAAAGAUGGACGCCUGGACGCUUUGACCUGCAGGGCUAAUAAACCGCUAAUCGGAGCCACUAAAGGGGAGUUGGUUUGGUUUACAAGUCCUCCAAGCAAGUCUCUCGCCACCCCGUGGCCUGAGUCGAUUGUGGCCAACGGACCUGACAUCUACUUCAACCUAGCUCAUUUCAAAGUUGGCACCAAAACCUACGAGGCGAUCGUCGUUGCAGAGUUUUUCAGCCACAAGAUUCGAGUCUACUGGUCAGAGGAUUACAGACAAGACUGGUCAAAUAAGACUUACGUCAAGAGCCGGGACAUUGACGUCUCCAUGGGGGCCCCAUUUGACGUGGUGAUCGCAGACGUCAACGGAGACGGUCACCUAGACAUCCUGGCCACCACCAACAGCGAGCAUAACGGGACAGUCCUGGUGUACGAGGUACCGGUCGACUUCAGAACUGGUCAGUUCAAACGCCAUCGAUUAGCAGACGGCUAUGCCUCCCAAUCUAUGGGGCUCAAUAAAGGUGGACCUGGCUCACCAUACGUCAUUCCAGCACCUGCAGGCCAGAAACCAUCCAUCCUCGUCGCUGGUGACGACGCUGCUGUCCUGUCGCUCUUGACUCCCAAGGCGCCCCAGAACCACACUAACUGGGAGUACACGCGUACUGACUUCCUAAAGACAGGUACCAGCACCGUGGGCGGAAUCAGCUUUGCAGACGUCGAUGGGGACGGAAGACUUGAGCUGUUUGUCCCCUCCUAUGACGAGGGCUAUGUUUACGUUUACCGCCUGUAACAUCAAAUAAUAACAUCAAAUAACUGAAAUGGUAAAAGGAUACUUAAAGCGUAAAUGAUAUGCUUAUUAGGAUAUGUUUCAAAUUAUUUACUUGUUUCUUUGUAAAAAUAAAGGAAUAAGUAAUAAAUGUU